AUGCCUCGAUCUUCUCGUACAGGAGAAUUAGAAUUUGAUCCAGAGAUUGAGAAGACUGCAAGAAGGUUGACCAAGGAGGCAAAGUUGCGUAAGCAACAAGAUUCAACGUCACCUUCAGAAUCUAAGCAAGAGUUUGUUUCCAGUGAUUCAUCAAGUGAAUCUGAAAAAGAAGAAGUGCAUAUUCCCCGAGUAGCAAUGGCAGCCCCAAGAACUUUGAGGGAGUUGGCAACUCCUAACGUGAACCAGCAGCCAUUAUGCAUUACAUUUCCUAACACGGAAGAGGCAUUUGAGCUUAAAUCUGGUCUUAUUCACUUACUUCCUACUUUUCGUGGUAUUGCAGGUGAAGACCCACAUAAACACUUGAAGGAAUUUCAUGUGGUGUGCUCCACAAUGAAACCUCAAGGAGUCACUGAGGACCACAUCAAGUUGAGAGCCUUCCCUUUCUCUUUGGCGGAUAAGGCUAAAGAUUGGUUAUUUUACCUGCCGUCUGGAUCCAUCACUACGUGGGAAGAAUUGAAGAGAAGAUUCCGCGAGAAAUUUUUCCCUGCCUCUAGAGCCGCCAAUAUAAGGAAAGAAAUAUGUGGAGUUAGGCAGGCAAAUGGGGAAGUUCUAUAUGAGUACUGGGAGCGCUUUAAACAACUGUGUGCCAGCUGCCCGCAUCAUCAAAUCCCUGAUCAGCUCUUAAUACAAUAUUUCUACGAGGGAUUAUCACCCAUGGAUAGGAGCAUGUUAGAUGCAGCCAGUGGCGGUGCUCUGGUUAACAAGACCACAGACGAAGCCACGUUAUUGAUCUCCACCAUGGCUGAAAAUUCCCAACAAUUUGGAGUGAGAGCUGAGGGAGCAAUAAGAAGGGUCAAUGAAGUGAAUCACUCUGACUUAGAGGGUAAACUAUCUGAGCUUACCUCUCUGGUACGUCAAAUGGCAAGGGGGCAAUUACAAUCUGUGAAGACUUGUGGUAUCUGUGCUACUCCGGGACACAUGACUGACAUGUGUCCAACUCUCCAGGAGGAUUCACCUGAACAAGCCAACAUAGAGGGAGAUUUUUCUGGACCACCUCCACGAAGGAAUGAUCCUUUUGCACCCACUUACAAUCCAGGGUGGCGAAAUCAUCCUAACUUUAGCUAUGCUUCAAAACCCCCUGGCUUUCAACAACAUUUCCAGCCACGGCCACCAGUGCAACAACCAUCCACUCCCAAUUCAAACAUGUCUCUUGAAGAUAUAGUGAAGUCACUGGCCCAAAGCACGAGUCAAUUAUAG